AUGGCCGCGGGCUCCUCGCCCGCCCGCGCGGCACGGCAGCGCCCCUCCCCCCCACCCCCGCCCCGCGCCGCACCCUCCCUCCCCUCCGAGCCCCUCCGUCUCUCCCCCAGGCCGCCCCUAUCUCUCCCCCAAGCGAUCGUGGUUGGAAGGAAAGGAUCAGAGCUUCUGACCAAUGAUGCUGGUGAAAUCACAAGGCAAGAAAUAUUGCUUGCCCUGCCUGUGGCCUGUGGGUUUGUUGAACCGGACAGUAAGAAUGUUAGAAGCAGGGAUAAAGCCCGUGUAAGCUUCUUGCAUUCCUGUGGUCCUUGUCAACUAUUUGCAGUUAGCUUACUUUUGCUGACUGUGCUGAGCUUUUAUGCUAGAUUUGUUUUUGAUGGUGAGCCACCUGGAAUGAAGAAAAAGGAGCUUGCAAAAAGGUCCUUGAAGAGGGAUGAUGCUACCCAAGAUCUUAACAGAGCUAUGGAGGUUACAAGAAAACACAAUGAUGACUGCAAGAGGCUGUUAAGAUUGAUGGGCGUCCCUGUAGUUGAGAUUGAAGAUCGUUUUUACAUUUACCUGGAAUAUGUUCACCCGGGUUCAAUUAAUAAGUAUGUCAAACAACAUUAUGGAGCAAUGACAGAAUCAGUUAUUCGCAACUUCACCCGCCAUAUUCUAAUGCGUCUAGCAUUUUUGCAUGGCCAAAAGAUUAUGCAUAGGGAUAUCAAAGGAGCAAAUCUGCUAGUUGAUGUUCAGGGUGUAGUCAAAUUGGCUGACUUUGGAAUGGCCAAGCAUUUAAGUACUGCAGCCCCUAAUCUUUCACUGAAGGGAACACCAUACUGGAUGGCCCCAGAGAUGGUUCAAGCUACACUAAUGAAAGAUGUAGGCUAUGAUCUCGCUGUUGAUAUAUGGAGUCUCGGCUGCACCAUCAUAGAGAUGUUUGAUGGAAAGCCUCCUUGGAGUGAUCUUGAAGGGGUAAUAACUUGA